AUGGGCCACCUUGGGUGGGGGCUUCUAUUGGCUGGUCUGGGCUGUGGCCUCCUGUCCGGAGCUUGGGCACAGUUCCCUCGGGUCUGCAUGACCGUGGAUAGCCUGCUGUCCAAGAGGUGCUGCCCCCCACUGGGCACAGAACUGACCAAUGCCUGCGGCACUCAGCAGGGCCGGGGCCAGUGUAGGGAAGCGCAAGUGGACACCCGACCUUGGAGCGGACCUUACGUCCUGCGCAACCAGGAUGACCGUGAGCAGUGGCCCAGGAAAUUCUUCCAGUGGACCUGCAAGUGCACAGGAAACUUUGCUGGCUAUAACUGCGGAGACUGCAAGUUCGGCUGGACAGGCUCCAACUGUGAUCAGAGGAAGACACCAGUGGUUCGGCGGAAUAUCCACUCCCUGACCCUUCAAGAGAGGGAGCAGUUCUUGAGUGCCUUAGACUUGGCCAAGAACACUGUGCACCCUGACUAUGUGAUCACCACGCAGCACUGGCUGGGCUUGCUUGGGCCCGGGGGCACCCAGCCACAAAUUGCCAACUGCAGCAUUUACGAUUUUUUCGUGUGGCUCCAUUAUUACUCUGUUAGAGAUACUCUGUUGGGACCAGGGCGCCCAUACAAGGCUAUUGAUUUCUCUCACCAAGGACCUGCCUUCGUUACCUGGCACCGGUACCACUUGCUGUGGUUGGAAAGGGAUCUCCAGCGACUCACAGGUAAUGAGUCUUUUGCUCUGCCCUACUGGAACUUCGCCACAGGGAGAAAUGAGUGUGAUGUGUGUACAGACCAACUGCUGGGAGCACCAAGAGAAGAUGAUCCAAUGUUGAUUAGUCAGAACUCCAGAUUUUCCAACUGGAAAAUUGUCUGUAAUAGCUUAGAUGACUACAACCAACGCGUCACACUGUGUAAUGGAACCUAUGAAGGUUUGCUAAGAAGAAGCCAGGUGGGAAGAAACGGUGAGAAAUUGCCCACCUCAAAAGACAUACAAGACUGUUUGUCUCUCCAGAAGUUUGACAAUCCUCCUUUCUUCCAGAACUCUACUUUCAGCUUCAGGAAUGCCCUGGAAGGGUUUGAUAAAGCGGAUGGAACUUUGGACUCUCCGAUCAUGGGACUUCAUAACUUGGUUCACUCCUUCUUGAAUGGGACAAAUGCUUUGCCUCACUCUGCUGCCAACGACCCCAUUUUUGUGGUACUUCAUUCCUUUACUGAUGCCGUUUUUGAUGAGUGGAUGAAAAGAUUCAAUCCUUCAGAAAAUGCCUGGCCUCAGGAGUUGGCGCCCAUCGGUCACAACCGCCUGUACAACAUGGUGCCUUUCUUCCCUCCAGUGACUAAUGAGGAAUUCUUUUUAACCGCAGACCAACUUGGCUAUAGCUACGCCCUUGACCUGCCAGGUGCGGAGACCCCAGGCUGGGCAGCCACGCUCUCAGUGCUGGUGGGCGCGCUGGUGGCCCUGGGCAGUCUGGGGCUGCUGCUUCCCAUCCUGUCCAGACGACGUCGGCGGGGCUUCCCGGCCCUCCUGGACACGCAGCUGAACAGCAGGAGCUACACUGGGGAAGCCCCAGGUGCAUACGCCUGA